AGUCGUACCAUUUUCCAAUCCGUUUCGUUAUCACCUCUCUCGCCCUCCCCAAAAUCCCAUUUUCAAGAACCCUAAUUUUUUUAGUAGCACCAAAAUUAUCAGCAAUGACCUCUUCGAAAAAGCACUACAAGGAGAAAAUUGCACGUCGCAAAGAGGAGAAGCCAGAGGAAUCAGAAACACCGAAAUAUAGGGACCGAGCUAAGGAGAGAAGAGAAGAUCAGAAUCCCGAUUAUGAACCGACUGAAUUAGGGUCAUUUCACGCGGUUGCUCCACCGGGGACUGUUGAUAUCCGGUCAGUAGCUGAUUCAAAUCAGAUUUCUAUCGAAAAGAGCAAGUACCUUGGAGGUGAUGUGGAGCAUACGCAUUUGGUGAAAGGACUCGAUUAUGCUUUGCUUAAUAAGGUGAGAAGUGAGAUCGAUAAGAAGCCGGAUUCUGCAGAGGAUGUUGAUGGGAAGUCUAGAGCAUCCAAGGAAGACCAAAAAAUAUUGUUUCGCACUGCAACUGCAAAGUCAGUCUACCAAUGGAUAGUCAAACCUCAAACCAUUAUCAAGACAAAUGAGAUGUUUCUUCCUGGUCGAAUGUCAUUUAUUUUUAACAUGGAGGGUGGAUACUCUCACGAUAUUCCAACCACAUUGCACAGAAGCAAAGCUGAUUGUCCAGUGCCAGAGGAAAUGGUUACCGUCAGUGUCGAUGGAUCUGUGCUUGAUCGAAUUGCUAAAAUUAUGUCAUAUCUUCGCCUUGGAUCUUCUGGGAAGGUUCUCAAGAAGAAAAAGAAGGAUAAAGACACAAAAGGAAAGAUUUCAGUUGUUGGCAAUGAAUAUGAUGAGCAUGAUAAGCCUUCAAAACCUAGCGGUGGCAUGUUGAACAAUAAAACUGAAAGGGAGAUUUUGCCACCACCUCCACCACCUCCAAAAAACAAUCUGGCUGAUUCCUUUGAGAAGCAGCAACCUGCUGUUGCUAGGGAAGACGAGAAUGACAUAUUUGUUGGGCAUGGCAUUGACUAUGAAGUUCCUGGAAAAGACAUGAGCCAAAGCCCUCUUUCAGAGGACAUGGAAGAAUCUCCUCGAAACAAGGAAAGAUUAUCCUAUUUCAGUGAACCAGUUUAUGGUCCAGUGCCUCCCUCUGAGCUAUCUCAUGAAUGGCAAGACCCGAAUGGAUAUGAUGCUGUCCAUGCUCAAGCAUUAUCUGCUGACUACCAAGGAGAGUGGCAGAACUAUCAAUAUGCUGAGCAAUUCGCAUAUCCUGAACAGUACACCCAGCAAACAAUGCAGGCUUAUGACAUGCAAGCUGCUUCUAGUAUUCAACCAGAUCCACGCUUCAUGACCCAGGAAGAGAAGGAUCGGGGUUUAGGUUCUGUGUUUAAGCGGGAUGAUCAGAGGCUUCAACAGCUGAGGGAGAAAGAUGCCAGAGAAAAAGAUCCCAACUUCAUUUCUGAUAGUUAUUCUGAAUGUUAUCCUGCAUAUCAACAUUUUACUCGUGAGGUUGUUGAUAGUGAUGAUGAAGAUGACUUGUCAAAAAUGGACAUGGGUGGUCGGGCAAAAGGUCGACUUCAUCGAUGGGACUUCGAUACAGAAGACGAGUGGGCAAAAUACAAUGAGCAGAAGGAAGCAAUGCCAAAGGCUGCAUUCCAGUUUGGUGUCAAGAUGCAAGAUGGUCGGAAGACGAGAAAGCAAAACAAGGACCAGAAGCUUAAUAAUGAGUUGCACCAGAUAAAUAAGAUACUGGCCAAAAAGAAAAUAGAUAAGGAGAAUGGUGACGGCGGCCAUUAUGAUGAUGACACACCACCUGGGAAGAAGCAACGACUAUGAAGUCGGUUGCCUAGGGGCCCUACAUUCUUUGUGAAGAAAGUUUUACUUGUGUGUGGAUGAUGCCUCUAAUUGUUCUUAAAUGAAAAGGAUCAUCGCUUCUGUUCUAGGGCCCUACCACCAUCUUCUUGCUCAUGUAAAAUGAAUCUAAGCGCAACAGGUUGAAAAUGUUUUACAUUGAUAUUUAUCACGUUAUAAGAAGACAAAUUUUUGCUACCUA